UGUGACCACCCCUGCCAGGCUGCCGGGCUAUGGGCAGCGGCUUCAACUGCUGUUGUUGCGCAUGCUCAGAGUUUCGGCCGUAUGGCGGUGCACUCCAGCCACAGAGCUCAGCCUCGCUCGGGAGCGCCGGUUCGGUUUACGGCUGCGCGUCGUAGCGACUGGCAUUCCAGGCGUAAAGCGCGGAAGGUGCCGCACACGCCCGGUGCUGUUGGGGGUGGGGGGAAAUUUGAAGUGGAAGGCGCCAGAGACGCGCUUGGGGCUUGCUGCGGCAUGGCCGGCGCCGGGGCCUGCCUGCGGGAGCUUAGCCUCAUGGACAGGGGCGUGCGGAGUUUGUUGGAGCUAUCUUUAAACUCAGAACUUCAUACAAUCAACCUACACUGUAACCAGAUCUCCAAGAUUGAAGGGCUUGGCUGCCUGUGGAAUUUGCAGCAUUUAGAUUUGUCAUCUAAUCAAAUAAGCAAGAUUGAAGGACUAAGUGCUCUUACUAAUCUGCGCACCCUAAAUUUGUCCUGUAACUUGAUAACAAAAGUGGAGGGACUGGACAAACUGCUUAAUUUAACAAAACUGAAUUUGUCAUACAACCGUAUACAUGAUCUGGGUGGAUUUCUGUACCUGCGUGGAACCAGUCAUAAGAUUAGUCACAUUGAUCUCCAUAGCAACUGCAUAAGUAACAUUAACCAUUUACUCCAGUGCAUGGUAGGACUGAACUAUUUGACUAGUCUUACUUUAGAAAAAAAUGGAAAGAAUAAUCCAAUCUGUGACAUAACAGGUUACAGAGAAAUCAUUCUACAGACUUUGCCCCAGCUAACAGUCCUAGAUGGAAGGAAUAUAUUUGGUGAACCAGUAAAUGUGAUUGAAGACCUUUCAGAUUUGCAAUGUUUAGAAGGCCUUUUAGAUUGCUUGGCUUCAUCCAGUUCCCCAUUAAAUGAUAACCAGAAUUGCAUUGACUUGCCAGUAAUCACACCUCAUAUUGACCAAGUGUUGGCUCGGUUUCGGCAACGUGGAAACAUGCCAAUGCAAAGCACCUGCAGUUCUACAGAGCCAGUUUCUUCAGAACCAGAAAGAGCUAAACUUGAUAGCAUACCCAGUGAGAUAAGGAUAAGAAAAUUAGAGGAUCAAAUUUCACAGCUUUUGCAAAAGGUGUCUCAUUCUUCAAGCGGUGGAGCUCCUCUAGUUCUUAAAGCUAAGAGAGACACAGAUCUGACUUCUGAAAGCGAGUGUGAAAUUGGAAAGGAGAACAACAGAAAAGUGGCUAAAAGAAGCAAGAUCCCUACUUAUCGUAAAGUUAACUUGUCUUCUAAAAACCAUGCAAACAAUCUGAAAGGCAAAAUAACUGCCAGGUAUUUUCUGUUUUGCCAUAUGAGCUUUGAGUUAAUAUGAAAAAUGAAGUACUUUCACAGGUAAUUCAGUUUUAACUUGAAGUGCUUUUUGUAAAUAUGCUUUCUAGUACCUGCUUUAUGGAAACACAUUCCCAAAUUUUAGAAAUUGCUUUCAUAGUUUUAUUGCUCAAUGCAGCAAUAUUUUCUGAACUACUGAAAGAUUUUUUUUCAUGAAGAAAUUUUUUUAAAAUGACCGGUCCCACCCUGUUGAAAGGACUAGCUAUCUAUAUGCAAAGAACUUUCAUACCUUAGUACUCAACAUUAGUCUGUUUCUCUCACUUUGGGAAAUGAUGGGAAAAGAUCUUCAUAAUAUGAUACCUAGCAGGAAAGCUAGGCAAGUACUUUAGAUGUGGCGAGGAGUUGUACUUUAUGUAAAAGAGCCAUAUGAUUGCUCAGAGUUCCAGUGUGAAACUGGAGAUAGGCUUGUUGAGAGUCUCUGGGUUAGGGUUAGAGGGGAGAGCAACAAAGGUGAUGUUGUGGUGGGGGCCUGCUAUAGACUACCAGACCAGGAGGAAAUAGUGGAUGAGUCUUUCUUCAAACAGCAAGCAGAAGUUUCCCUAUCACAGACCUUGGUUCUCAUGGGGACUUCAGUCACCCGGACAUCUGCUGGGAGGACAUUACAGCAGUGCACAGGCAAUCCAGGAAGUUUUUUGGAGAGUAUUGGGGACAACU